AUGGUUUUAAGAAAUAAACUCCGUAAGGCUAAAGCAGCUCAACAAAUGAUGGGAUUCCUUGAAAGUCCUAUUACCCAACAACACUCAGGACAAUUAUUUUACUCAAAUAUUUGUUGUGGGUUUAGCUCAAUGCAAGGAUGGAGAAAAACGAUGGAAGAUUCACACAUAAUUGAAAUACAACACAUGUCACAAAAUGGACCUCUUUCUUUAUUUGCUAUUUUUGAUGGACACGGAGGUGACCAAGUUGCAGAGUAUUGUAGGAUUCAUUAUUUAGAGAUUAUGUUGUCAACACAAUCAUUCAAAGAAAAAAAUUAUCAAAAUGCAUUAAUCGAAACAAACUACUUAAUAGACACUCAGCUAAGAGAUGAAACUACGAACAUCGAAUUAAAAAAUCUUGGUUGUAUAGAAUCCAAAAUUAAUAUCGGACUAUAUGGUCAUCUUGUUGCUAAUGGAAUUGGGUGUACUGCUAUAGUUGUGUUAAUCAUAAACAACACUAUUUAUUGUAGUAAUGUAGGGGAUAGUAGAUGUAUAUUAUUUAAAAAUGAUACUAUUUUUCCAUUAAGUACUAACCAUAAACCAACUCUACCAAAAGAAUUAAGUAGGAUAACUCAAGCUGGUGGUUUUGUUUUAAAUGAAAGAGUGAAUGGAAAUCUUAAUUUAACCCGGAGCAUAGGUGAUUUAAUGUUUAAGAACCAACCUCAACUUUCAUUUAAAAAUCAAAUCGUUACAUGCUUUCCAGACAUAUCCAUACAAUUAUAUGACAAAUCUCCACAACUAUUGAUUUUGGCAUGUGACGGUGUAUGGGAUGUAUUAACAAAUGAAGAGUGUGUAAGGAAAGUGUUAUAUUAUUUACACCAACGAUACACAUACCAACAGAUUUCUGAAUCUAUUUUGUCUGAUUGUGUUAGUAAAGUGCCUAAUAGUUUAGUGGGGUGUGAUAAUUUAACAAUUAUUAUAGUAGGGAUAAAUUAA